GAAUAGAUCGGGAUCUAUAAAAGCGAAGACAUGUUUACAUGUUGACCAUUUCUUUUAGUUCCAGCAAUGUGACAGGUUGUUGCUUUGUGCUGAUUAAAUUAUGGAUAAAAUGCUGAAUAUGUUUGUGACGCAAACUUUAUUCACAGAGAAAAAGUCUGAUUGUAAGUGCGUUGAAAAACGUUUAAAGGAUGCAUCUGAAAUACGACAAUUGGUACAAAGUGGAGAGAUAGGGCCAGCUUCCCAUAUCAGGAUUCACAGACCUCGCUCUCUUUGUAUUCUGUGGUGGACAUUUGACUAUAGCUACAAUCACCACUUCUUGGUGACAGAUGCAACAGAAAACAAACUGACAAUUCUUCACUAUGCUCCAAAAAGGAUUUCCAUGAUAAUUCUUUUAAAAGGAGUUGCCGAGAUCAUUCAAGAAUCGGUAGAAGUUACGAACAGUGAUGAAACUUUAGAUUUUAGUUCCGGUGUUUAUCAUAUAACAUCUGACUCUUACCCCAAGACAGAGGAAGAAAAAUCUGAAGCAGUAAAACGAGCAAAAAGACGCCUAGGGGAGAGGCAAUACUCAGUGUUUCACAAUAACUGUGACAGUUUUGUUUCGUGGACACUAGUGGGUAAUUCGUACUCACAUCAGGCAAUGAAUGCCAAGGGACUUCUGUUUUGUAUUGGAAUCUGUGCACGGUUUUGCAUAAAGAUUUACAGGACGCUGGAAUUAUUCAAAAAUGCUAUAAAACGACUCUCCUAUGCUUUUGGUGAAUAGUCCUCUGCAUUUAUUCAUACUGAAAUCAUAUCUGUGAUAUAAUUUAUUGUUAUAUUCAUAUUUAUCUGUUUUAUCUUAUGCUUAUUAUUCCGAAAUUUAUUUGAUGUUUAUUUGAUAUGUAUCAUAAUAAAUGUUGAGUGAUA